CAGUCUCUGAUAUUAACUACUAUUUAACUCUUCCACCCCUCGUCCUUUUCCACGCGACUUGGAUUCUUGGUCAUUGAUAAAGUUUUAAUUUUUACCAAAAAGUCGACGAUCGAUGGCGAAGUGGAGAGCGGUAGAUGGCGAUGAUGAUGGAUCGGUGUUGGAAGAGCGAGAUUGAUGUAAUAGAUAGAUUAGAUUGGGUUAGAUCGAGGUCGAGGAAGAGGGUGAAAGCUAGAGGGCCCAAGGGGGGCGAAAAAAAUGAAAGUUCCCGCCCAUCGGCUCUCUUGAAAUCUAGUAGAUCAGAGCAGCACAGGAGUGGAGGCAGGCAGGCGGCCAAGCACGAGGAGAGAGAGUGGGAGAGAGAGAGAGAGAGAGAGAGAGAGAGAGAGAGAGAAGAAGGGGAGGGAGAGAACAGAUGAUGUGGAAGUGAGCUUGGAGCACGCGCAGGGGAGAGGUGUCCUUUGACGAGAUGGAUACGCCCGAGCGGAGCAAGGUCGCCGGGACGCCGAUCUCCAAGUUCGAGGAUUCACCGGUUUUUAACUUCAUCAAUAAUUUGUCUCCAAUACAACCUGUGAAACCACAAGAUUCGCUACACAUUGCACAAACUUAUCAAUCGCUAAACUUUGCUUCUCUAUCCUCAAUAUUUAGUUCACCACAUAUCAAUCCUUCAAGGGAAGCUAGGUUCCUUGGAAGGGUUCCUUCCACAAACUCUUUGAAAGAAGAAAAUUCAUCAGAUAAUGUCAGUGAGAGUAACUUAUCCUCAGAGGUUUCUGAUGUUGUUAGGCCAUCCAGAUUCACUACAAGUGUACAGGAAAAUUAUGUAAUAACAUGUUCACUCAAUGAAGCUACUGUUGAUCCUCCUGAUCAGUGCCCAAGUCUUGCUGGUACAUUUCCUCAGUCAAACCAAUAUCACUCUUGUAGUCCUGAUCAUAACACGACACCUUGCUAUGGUAUUCAAAUGGAUGAUAAGCUCUUCAUUGAUAAUACUUCAAUAGAUCUUCAUUUUAUUCAAACUGGUGUAGAGCGGCGCAAAAUUUUGUUUGCUACAGAAAUUGGGGUUCAGGAAACUCAUCCACUUGAGCUGACUAAAAAUGAAGCAUUAGGUUGCGACUGGGAAAGUUUAAUCUCUGAUGAUGGUGAAGGAUUGUUUAUCUUUGAUUCCUCCACAGAAUUGGAGGCUCAAAUCGUAGAGGGUGAGAAAGCCAUGGACAACGAUGGUAGUAUCUUUGUUCCUCUAAUGACAAAUUGCACAGAGAAUGUUGAUUGUCUACAGAAAACACAACCUGAUAGUUCCCACGGUUCUUGUGUCCAUAAUGUCAACAAUGACCCUUCUCCUAGUUGUACUGAAGGUUGCAAUAUCGAUCAUGAAGCAGAUGGUCCCAAAAAUGUGACUUCUGGUAUUUGCCAGGAUCAGGUUGGCAUCCACCAACAACGAGGAAUGCUUAGACGCUGUUUGGUUUUUGAUGUUGCCUGUGUAUCUAAAAGGAAUCUCACACCAUCAACUUCUUCCUCCAAAGGUAAAAGCAUCUGUGGAGCCAACAAUUUGAAGCCUAAAACUAGUCCAUCAUUGUGUGCCUUGCCCGGGAUUGGGUUACAUUUGAAUGCUCUUGCUACAACAUCAAAGGAUAAAGUGGUCAAAAAAGACACAUCCGCAUGUGGAAAACAAAUAAUCAGCGUCCCAAUUGAUCCUUUUACAUCAACAAUAAGUGAGAAGGAUAAUACAACAAAUUCCUUGUCUGUUGGAAAGGAUUCUGUCCCCGAGGAUAAUGAAGGCCAUCUCCAGAUUGUUCCUUAUGAUGAUUCAAAGGAUGUCACAAUUAACAACUGCGAGGAGUUAGCUCAAGGUAGUCCAAAGAAGAAGAGACGCAAAUCACAAAAUGGAGGCGAUAGUGAAGGAUGCAAACGUUGCAACUGUAAGAAGUCAAAAUGUCUGAAACUCUACUGUGAGUGUUUUGCUGCUGGAGUUUAUUGUUCUGAGCCUUGUUCAUGCCAAGGUUGUUUUAAUAAACCCAUCCACGAGGAGACUGUCCUGGCUACUCGCAAGCAGAUAGAAUCUCGUAAUCCACUUGCAUUUGCUCCAAAAGUUAUUCGAACAUCUGAAUCUUGCUUGGAAGUAGUGGAUGAUGAUAAUAGGACACCUGCUUCAGCGCGACAUAAGAGAGGAUGCAAUUGUAAAAAAUCAAAUUGCCUGAAGAAAUAUUGUGAAUGUUAUCAGGGUGGAGUUGGAUGUUCAAUUGGCUGCAGAUGCGAAGGAUGUAAGAAUCUAUUUGGAAGAAAAGAUGGUACUCUACCAAGUGUUGAAGGAAUUGAUCAAGCGGAUAAGGAAUCUGACGCAUGCGAGAAGGAAGACGAUAAGGCAGAAGAAGGGCAACAAAACACAAGCAUUCAGAUUGAGCAUCAAGCUCCUGGAAAAAUUUUGCCCGCCACACCUUUACAAAGUAGCAGGUUAUCGGUUGAAAUGCCAUUUUAUUCAAGUUCCAAACCUCCGCAGCCAAUCAGGCUUUCAAUCGGACGCACUCCUGCACUCUAUGGCACUCACAUCAUUCGAAAAUCAGAAUUUGUUAUCCUUCAAUCGAAGCUGGAUAAUGUCACCACAAUCCUAGAGGAUGAUGACACUCCUGCUAUUCUAAGAUCCACAGCAACUACCUCCGCAGGUCUUAAGCUUUCCCCCAACGGGAAGAGGGUCUCCCCUCCACACAAUGUAGCUGGAUUGACACCACCGAACCGCAAAGGUUGCAGGAAACUGAUACUGAAGUCAAUCCCUUCCUUUCCAUCUCUGAGCAAUGAUGCUGAACAAUAGUGAACUAUUUCGGCAGACCUUAAUGUUCAUCUGAUCCAUUGAAGUUUCCUCUUUAUAAUAUGAAUGGAGUAAAAGUGAUCUAACUGGCCUACUGAAGUAGUCCACAAGGCUCAUCAAAACCUCCAAUGCUUUGCAAGCUUUGAGCAGUUUGUCCUUGAAGAUUAUACCAGAUAAGUUUAGUUAUGCUGCAAGUACUCCUAUGCUGUAAUACGUGUUCAUAAAGUGCACUUGUAGCAUGAAUUCCUUGCCUGCUUGUUCAUAAAAUGUACCUGUAAAAUGAUUUUGCAUGAUCUAGAGCAUGUUGAUUAUCUAAAAGAUUAUUGUAGUCUUCAUCAUUUUGUUCUUGACUAUUUGAGGUUG